AAAGUGAGUGAGAAAGAGAGAGAGAAAAGGAAAAGACUUUCUCUUUUAACAAACAAAAAAGAAGGCAAAGUUAAAGUGGGUAUUUUUCAUUUGGAUUCCUUCGCUUGGUUGCUGUCCUGGCCCCAUGUCUCUGAAGCUCUCAGCUUGUUAUCUGUGAUAAGGGUUCUGCAAAUUCAAGCCAUAAGUGAAGUGGGUCUCUUUCUCUUUUCUCCAUCUCACUUGUUUGCUUGUGGGGGUUUUGGCAUUUUAUGAGGUGAUUGGGUGGGCACUGAUGAGAUUGUUCGAACACGUUUCUGGUAGAGAUCUUAUGUAAACUAUCGGUGGGUGUUUGGUCUUUUCUGGUUUUAUCUGCUUUCGAACAUUGAGUAGAGGACGGUAAUUAUAUUUUGUUGUUAACUAAAAAGCAUCUGAGCUCAAACAGAAACGUGGAUUGUCUAUAUGAUUCUGAUUCUAGAAAGAGAAAAUUUUGAUCUUUUUUGGUGAAUGAAAAAGGACCCCUAGUUUUUUGUUUUUUUUUUCUCUGGGGUGAAUUAGGUGUGUAUCAAGUUGUUGAAAUAGGUCCAUAUAGACAUUAAUUGUGUUUGUCUUUGUUCUUAUUAUUUGAAAUUUUAUGUCUGAUUUAGCUUCUAGUGGGUUCAUUGGUGGGAUAUCUAUCAGCCAAGUGAUUUGGGAUCACUUGAAACUUUUCUCUGUAAUUUUUUUCCCCAAUAUUUGUUGUGUUUGAGCUUUGGAGAGAGAAACCCAUCUGGCUAUUUUGGAGAUCUGGGAUUUGCUUAGUAUCUUAUGCCCUAUGAGGACUUUUUUCCCCUCUGAGUCUGGUAAAGAAUCACAGCUCAAUGCUCUCAAUCCACAGUCUUGGCUCCAGGUUGAAAGGGGGAAGCUUCCCAAGCUUCCAUCAAACUCCUCCUCUUCUUCCAUAGAAUCUCUUAUCAAGGUCCCUGAGCCGCCAGUACUCCCAUUCUUUAAGCCCGUCGAUUAUGUAGAAGUUUUAGCUCAAAUUCAUGAAGAACUUGAAUUGUGUCCUCCAGAAGAGCAGUCGAACCUUUAUUUGUUACAAUUUCAGGUCUUUAGGGGUCUUGGAGAAGUCAAAUUGAUGCGAAGAAGCCUCCGUGAAGCUUGGCAGAAAGCCAGCUCCAUUCAUGAGAAGCUCAUAUUUGGAGCAUGGUUAAAGUACGAGAAGCAAGGGGAAGAGCAUAUUUCUGACUUGCUCGUGACCUGCGAUAAAUGUGCACAUGAAUUUGGGCCAGUAGAUAUUUUGACUGAGCUUCCUAUUGAUGCAACUGUGAGUAGUACCCAUGAGAAUAUUUCAAUGAAUGGGAACCAAAUAAUCAGAAAUGUCAGUUUUAGAAUUGAAGAUGAGAAAAUAGAUUGUGACAGGCAGAAAAUAUCGAGUCUUUCUGCUCCAUUUCAUGCCAUGCUUAAUGGGUGUUUCUCGGAAUCACUUAGAGAGGACAUAGAUUUGUCGCAAAACAAUAUCACUGCAUCAGGUAUGAGGACAAUCAAUGAAUUUACUAUGACAGGUAGCUUGAAUGAAGUCCCUACUCAUCUUUUAUUGGAAAUACUAGUUUUUGCAAACAAAUUUUGUUGCGAAAAGCUCAAGGAUGCUUGUGACAGGAAACUUGCAUCCUUGGUGUCUUCUAGAGAAGAUGCAGUAGAACUCAUGGAAUAUGCUCUUGAACAGAAUUGUCCUGUCCUUGCUGCGUCAUGCUUACAAGUUUUCUUAAAUGAUCUUCCUGGUUGUUUGAAUGACAGCCGAGUGGUGGAAAUAUUCAGGGGUGCUGAUAAACAACAAAGAUUGAUCAUGGUUGGGCUAGCUUCGUUUUCGCUGUACUGCUUAUUAAGUGAAGUUUGUAUGAACCUUGACCCUCAGUCGGAUAAAACAGCUUGUUUCCUGGAGCAGUUGGUAGAUUUUUCUGAAAAUGAUAGGCAAAGAAUGCUGGCAUUCCAUCAGUUGGGAUGUCUGAGGCUCUUGAGAAAAGAGUAUGACGAAGCUAAGCGUCUUUUUGAGGCAGCUUUAAAUGCAGGCCAUAUAUAUUCAGUUGCAGGUUUAGCUAGGCUGAGUUACAUUAAAGGCCAUAAACUUUGGUCGUAUGAAAAGAUGAGCUCUGUAAUCUGCUCUCUUACCCCACUUGGAUGGAUGUAUCAGGAGAGGUCAUUAUACUGUGAAGGUGAUAAGAGAUGGGAAAACCUUGAGAAAGCGUCUGAGCUGGACCCAACUCUCACUUACCCUUACAUGUAUCGGGCGGCUACAUUAAUGAGAAAACAGAAUGUUCAAGCUGCACUUGCCGAAAUUAAUCGAGUUCUGGGGUUUAAACUUGCAUUAGAAUGCUUGGAACUACGGUUUUGUUUCUAUCUCGCCCUCGAGGAUUAUCAAUCAGCCAUUUGUGAUGUUCAAGCAAUUCUUACUCUCUCCCCAGAUUAUAGAAUGUUUGAGGGACGAGUGGCAGCAUCCCAACUUCGUACACUUGUGCGUGAGCAUGUAGAAAAUUGGACAACAGCAGAUUGUUGGCUGCAAUUGUAUGAUCGGUGGUCUUCAGUUGAUGAUAUUGGGUCCCUCUCUGUUAUUUACCAGAUGCUUGAAUCUGAUGCAGCAAAAGGUGUUCUGUAUUUCAGACAGUCAUUGCUUCUUCUCAGGUUGAACUGUCCUGAAGCAGCAAUGCGAAGUUUACAAUUAGCUCGUCAACACGCAUCCAGCGAGCAUGAAAAGUUGGUUUACGAGGGGUGGAUCUUGUACGAUACAGGUCAUUGUGAGGAAGGGCUCCGCAAAGCAGAGGAAUCUAUCAAAAUUAAAAGAUCCUUUGAGGCCUUCUUUUUGAAAGCCUAUGCACUGGCAGACUCUAGUCAAGAUUCGUCUUGUUCAUCAACUGUUGUAUCUCUCCUUGAAGAUGCCUUGAAGUGCCCCUCGGACAGGCUGCGGAAAGGUCAGGCACUGAACAACCUUGGAAGUGUUUAUGUUGACUGUGGCAAGUUAGACUUGGCAGCUGAUUGCUACAUAAAUGCUCUGAAGAUCAGGCAUACCCGAGCCCACCAGGGGCUUGCUCGGGUUCACUUUCUCAGAAACGAUAAGGCUGCUGCAUACGAGGAAAUGACCAAACUGAUUGAGAAGGCACGGAAUAAUGCAUCUGCCUAUGAGAAGAGGUCUGAAUACUGUGAUCGUGAACUCACAAAGACCGAUCUAGAGAUGGUCACCCGCUUAGAUCCACUUCGGGUGUAUCCUUACAGAUAUAGAGCUGCAGUGUUGAUGGAUAGCCACAAAGAACAAGAGGCCAUUGCAGAACUAUCAAGAGCAAUUGCAUUCAAAGCUGACCUCCACCUUCUGCACUUGCGGGCUGCAUUCCAUGAGCACACCGGGGAUGUCAUGGGUGCUUUGCGAGACUGUCGAGCUGCUCUGUCUGUCGACCCAAACCAUCAAGAGAUGCUGGAGCUUCAUAGCCGUGUAAACAGCCAUGAACCAUGAACCAUGAACCAUGAACAUAGAAGUGGAAACUAAAAAGAUGAAAUGUUAGUUAAAAGUUGUAUCAAACACCCUCCGUGUAUACUAGCAAGUAUACUUGUGCAACCUCUCUGCCAUAUCUCUUUUCUUUUUUUACAGGUCAAAAUUUUGUAAUUUAUGAUUUUGGCAAUAUAAUAUAUCAAUUGCAAGUUA